UGUGGAUGGGCGAGCUGGCAGCUGCGGCGCUGCGGCACAUGCGGGCCGUGCUGGCCGCCCCCCUGCCCGCGGCUGGGGGGGAGGCGGAGGCGGAGGAGGGGUGGCCCACUCUGCAGGACCUGGCCAGCCUGCUGUCCGCCUUCCACCAGGUGCUGUACGACCCGGGCCAGGAGUGGGUCGGCACGGCACUGCAGGCUGCCGCCGCCAUCCAGGCCCGCACCGGCUUCACCUCCGCCGCCGCCCUCGCAGCCACCGCCGGCGGCCCCCCGCCCGGUGACGCACUGGCCGCCGUACUCUUCCUCUCCGCGCAGUACGACCACCCGCAGGGGGCGGCGGCGCGGGAGGCGGUGGUGGGCCUGGCGCGGGAGGCGCAGCAGGGCAUGCAGGAGAUGGCGGCGGAGGCUGAGGCAGCCAUGCAGGUGCAGCAGAAGGGGAAGCAGCAGCAGCGGGGUGCCCGGGGCUCCUCCUCCUCCUCCCCAGCUGCUGCUGCCGGUGCAGCCCCCCGCGGUGUGUUCACCUCCCGAGGUCUGACUCAGAUGCUGAUGGCGCUGGUCCGCAUGGGCGGGGAGCCGUCGGGGGAGUGGAUGGGCGACUGGGCGGGGGCGGCGGGGCAGCUGGCGAGGAGCGAGUUUGACAUGGACCAGGUGUUAGCUGUGAUGGCCUGCUGCGCCCAGGCGGGAGUGCCCCUGCCCGCCCGCCUGCAAGUGGAUCUGGUGGGCAGUGUGCUGGCGCCCAAAACAGGGGGGGCAGCGGCAGGGGGAGGAGCAGCAGGCAGCAGCGGCAAGGGCGCAGGAGCCUCCCCCGCAGCAGCCUCUGCACCUCAGCUGGCUGUCUCCGGUCCCGGAGCCUUCCUGCCCUCAGACACCCUGCUGGCAGCUGCUGGUGCCGGUGCUGCUGGUGCUGCUGGUGCUUCUACCACCACCUCCUCCUCCGCCGCCUCCCCCGCCCUCCCCUCCCUCCGCAGCAUCUCCUCCCUGCGGCAGCUCCUCGACGUGGUGCUCCUGCAGCCGCACCCCCUGCCGCCCGCCUGGGUGGGGGCGCUGGCAGGCGGGCUGGAGGACUGGCGCGUGCGGUUGGGCGGGCGGGAGCUGCUGGGGGGGCUGCGCGCGCUUGCAUGCUUCCGGGGGGUGGUGGUGGCCGACCCCUCGCAGCUGCCCACCCCGCCGCCCUCCGCCCCGCCGCCGCUCUACAACCCCACCUACCGCCGGGGGGCGGGCGGACCCGCCCGACCCAUUGUGCUGCGUGCACCGGGCACCACGGCUAGUGCUGGUGCUGCUAAGGCGGAGGCAGGCGAGGAGGGCGAGGAGGGGGAGGAGGGGGAGGAGGAUGUCCCCUUGGGUACCCCCGCGGAGGAGGCGCGGGUGCUGCUGGACGUGCAGUGGGUGGAGGGGCUGUUGGAGGACGUGCGGGCGAGGGGGGGAGUGAGGGGCGCGCAGGAGCUGAUUCAGCUGAGCGAGGCUCUCAACGACCUGCAGGCCCCCCCGAAGCUGCUGUCGUACCUGGAGGUGUUCGCUCUGGGCCUCACAGGAGAGGACGGCCGGCCCCGCUCCGCCCCCCUGCCCGGACCCGCAUCCAGAGCCACUGCGGGGGGUGCGGCUGCGGGGACUGCUGCUGCAGGGAGGGGGCCACCCGCCUCACCAGCACCAGCAGCAGCAGCACCAGCAGCACCAGCAGCAGCGGCGGCCCCGGCGGCGGCUGACCGCACCCGCACCGCGGACCCCGGGGCUGCUGCCGCUGGUGCCGCACUGGCUGCUGCUGCCGCUGCGGAGGCGCCGGCGGGUGGUGCUGCUGGUGGUGGUGGUGGGGCCGGAAAGCCCUCCGCUGCUCGCAUCAGGCUGAAGCUGCAGAAGGAGGCGGCGGAGAGGCAGAAGGCGGCCGAGGCUGCUGCUACUGCUGCUAGUGCCGCUGCCGCUGCGGAUGGUGCUGCUGCUGCUCCUGAGGUGGAUGAGGAGGAGGCGGAGGUGGAGGAGGUGGCGGAGUGGGCGAUGGCGUGGCAGACCAUGCUGCGGGCCUUUGCAGCGGGGGGGCACCUGCCGGGCAGCAGGUGGUGGUCCCGCUUCUCCGCCGCCACUCGGCCCGUGCUGCCCUCCUUCCCGCCCGACCAGCUGGCGGGGCUGGCGCUGGGCGCACUGGGGCUGAGCGGGUUGGCGGAGGAGAGGCGGGCGGAGCAGGAGCGACAGCGGCAGCAAGGCAGGGGGGCGGUGGCGGCGGCGGCGGCGGC